CACGGAUCUCAACACCUCAUCUCAGAACCGUCGAUAAGAACCAAUCCGACGCUCCAAAUUCUCCUUUCUCCAUCUCAACGUGAACCCCACUUAUUUAACCAACAGCAACAACUCUUCACGCUCACUCUUUCACUCUAUCUGCAAAAAUCUCUCCAUCAAUCAAUUCCCGUUUGCAGCGAAAUUAAGAAAUGGAAACCGGUGGGAAACUGAAGAAGGGAGCUGGCGGAAGGAAGGGCGGCGGCCCGAAGAAGAAGCCGGUUUCCCGGUCUGUCAAGGCUGGCUUGCAGUUUCCAGUCGGUAGAAUCGGCCGGUAUUUGAAGAAGGGCCGUUAUUCCCAGCGGGUCGGAACAGGCGCGCCUGUUUACUUGGCUGCCGUGCUUGAGUAUCUCGCAGCUGAGGUGUUGGAGUUGGCAGGCAAUGCUGCUAGAGACAACAAGAAAAAUAGGAUAAUUCCGCGGCAUGUGCUGCUUGCUGUGAGGAAUGAUGAGGAGCUUGGAAAGCUUCUUGCGGGAGUCACCAUUGCUCACGGUGGAGUUCUACCCAACAUCAACCCAGUGCUUCUACCUAAGAAGUCAGAGAAGGCGGCCGAGAAGUCACCAAAAUCUCCAUCCAAGGGGACCAAAUCUCCCAAGAAGGUGUAGAAUGGCAUUGUUUAGGUUCUUUGUAUGUAAUUUCAAUUGUUGUUGAUUAUGUAGGGAAGGAGGCUGUUCAUAACUGGAUUAACAAUCUCUCUACUAUCUCGUUCGGUUGUUACUUGUUAGAAUUCAAUGGAAACAUCAUUAGUUGUUCAA